GCGGGGAAAUGGCGGCGCCGGAGGGCGGCUCUGCCGCGAUGCCCGCGGCUUGUCCCGCUCCGCCCGGUCCCUCGGCUCCCGGCUCCUGGAGCCGCUCCUUGGACCGAGCCCUAGAAGAAGCGGCGGUCAGCGGGACCCUGAGUUUGAGCGGCAGGAAGCUCCGGGACUAUCCGCGGGCCAGCGCCGCCAACCACGAUCUCAGCGACACCACCCAGGCUGACUUGUCACGGAACAGACUGUCGGAGCUCCCAGCAGAAGCGUGUCACUUUGUGUCCCUCGAGACUCUGAACCUGUACCAGAACUGCAUUCGAUAUAUCCCAGAGGCUGUUGUGAACCUACAGUCUUUAACAUUUCUAAAUAUCAGUCGAAACCAACUUUCAACAUUGCCAGUACACCUCUGUAGUCUACCACUAAAAGUUUUGAUAGCAAGUAAUAAUAAGCUGGUUUCAAUACCUGAAGAAAUUGGACGGCUCAAGCAGCUGACAGAGCUUGAUGUGAGCUGUAAUGAAAUACAGACAAUACCUCCACAGAUUGGCAGUUUGGAAUCCUUGCGAGACUUAAAUGUCAGAAGAAAUAACUUGGUGCGUUUACCUGAAGAGCUUGCUGAGUUACCUUUGAUUCGACUAGAUUUCUCCUGCAAUAAAAUAACAACAAUACCAGUUUGUUAUAGGAACCUCAGACAUCUUCAGACCAUCAUGUUAGAAAACAACCCUCUCCAGUCCCCCCCUGCACAGAUAUGUAUAAAAGGAAAAAUUCAUAUAUUUAAAUACCUGAACAUAGAAGCAUGCAAGAUAGCUCCAGACUUGCCUGAUUAUGACAGGAGACCCAUGGGAUUUGGAUCAUGCCAUGAGGAACUCUAUUCCAGUCGUCCGUACGGAGCACUCGAUUCUGGCUUCAACAGCGUGGACAGCGGGGACAAAAGAUGGUCAGGGAAUGAGCCAACAGAUGAGUUGUCAGACCUCCCAUUACGUGUGGCAGAGAUCACGAAAGAGCAGAGACUGAGGAGAGAAAGUCAAUACCAAGAAAACAGAGGGAGUGCAGUUGUAACUAAUGGUGGAGUGGAACACGAUCUCGAUCAGAUCGACUACAUUGACAGCUGUGCCACAGAGGAGGAGGAGGAAGAGGUGAGGCAGCCCAAGAGCCUGGAGCCAGACAGCCUCAGCUCCCAGUUCAUGGCCUACAUCGACCAGCGGCGGAUCUCCAACGAGAACUCACCAGUAAAGCCUGUAUCCAUCAGAGAAUUUCAGAGAACAGAGGAUACAAGACGACAUUUACAUCAAAACAGGGAUACAGAUGAAUUACGAAGACCUGAAACUCUAAAUUUGAUGCAGGACAGAGAGCAUCACCAAGUACUAAGGAGUUAUGUGGACAGGACAGAGAGACCCCUGCCUGAUUCACCUUAUUUUCUCUCGCUAUCAAGUCACCACACCCAGGUGCCAAGCACAGACUCGGAGCUGCAGCGCCGGCACAUCGAGCGCACCCGCCGGGAGGCCCAACUGGCAGCCCUCCAGUACGAGGAGGAGAGGAUGAGAACCAAGCAGAUGCAGAGAGAAGCUGUCCUUGACUUUAUAAAGCAAAAAGCCUCUUUAAGUCCUCAGAAACAAAAUCCAAUGGAUGGUGAGUGUCCCUUUCCAUCCAGAAGGUCUCAGCAUACUGAUGAUAGUGCCUUGUUAGUGAAUGGCUUUGAGCCUCUCUUUGUGUUUGAGAUUGACAAUAACACCAAUACCAUUAAAAGGAGGCCAGGCACUCGCAAACAGUCACUCUCAGGGUUGAACCAGGAAAGCUGUGCUACUACCCUGCCUAGUGCCUCUACCUUCAGUCCUGUCAAGAGUGAUGACAGACCUACCAUCUCCCCUGGCUCGUCUGCCGCUCAGACAGUCCACCUUUCCCCUCCAUAUCCUGGCCAUGCAGCCCCGCCUUCCUAUAGAAACCCUUCCCAGCGACCCGAGAGUUUCCUUUUCCGAACAGCUGUCAGGGAUGAAGCCAAGAAAGCUGUUGCUUCAUCCUCUACCUGUGCCUUGUCUCCUGCUAAUGAUUCUGCAGACCCUCGAGUGCGACAGAACUCCAAACAGCGGGAGGAGGAGCUGGAGCUGAUAGAGCAGCUACGCAAGAACAUCGAGUCGCGGUUGAAGGUGUCCCUGCCCAGCGACCUCGGGGCGGCUCUCACGGACGGCGUCGUUCUGUGCCACUUGGCCAACCACGUGCGGCCCCGCUCUGUGCCCAGCAUCCACGUGCCCUCUCCUGCUGUUCCUAAACUUACAAUGGCAAAAUGCAGACGAAAUGUGGAGAAUUUCUUGGAAGCUUGCAGAAGGAUUGGAGUGCCUCAGGAGCAAUUAUGUUUGCCUCUGCAUAUUUUAGAAGAGAAGGGUUUGACACAGGUAGCUGUGACUGUCCAGGCGCUCCUGGAGCUGGCACCCCCAAAGCAGCAGCCACUUCACCACUUGUCUGCUGUGUAAAGACCUCCGGGACCUUUUGGGUUACCUUGGCUAAGCAGAAGGACCUGAAGACUUUACUGCCCAUGCAGUGCAUCCAAACACACAGAGCUCUGUUCUAAGGAAAUGAGUUUCCGUGAUUCCUGACAGGAAUGUUUUACUUCAUUUCUCCAUUUUUUUUGGAGAUCACAACAGUUUCCAAUAACAUUUUUUAUUACCGAUAUUUUUGCCCCUUAUUUAAAAUAAUGAGAGUUCAUUGGGAGAAGGGCAGGGAAUUCCAGUGGCCGGCUGUUGGAGCCAGCUAUAGAAACUGACCUUGCAGGAUGAAAAAUGGGUUUAGAGUUUGGAAAGCAAUUCCUAGGGGAAUUUGUUUAAAAAAAAAAAAAAAAAAAAAAGGUGUUGCUGCAGUGGGCACACAGGGAAUUAAAUUUCUUUCCUUACCCGCAGGGUGCAAAGAAAUGGAGUUUUUUGCCUCCAAAGAAUGGCUAUUUCUAUUAAAGUAUUUUUUAAAUUGCAUCACACAAUCUUAACCUGCAGUGCUUGAUAACAGGGUUGAACCUCACAGAGCUGUCACUUGCCUUGGCAGGUCUUCAUUACUAAAAGUUGAAGACAAAAUCACUUUUUUUUUUCCUAAUGGAAGAAUUACUGCAUGUUUUCUCUGCCAGAAACACCUUAGUAAAAGAUACUAAGUCUGUUCAAAUGGGAUUAAUCCCAUCAGCAUUCUUGCUGGGUUCACUUUCUGGUCGGGUUUUAGCAUGUCUUUAUCUGAACACUUUUCCUACAGCAGUGGAGGGAGAUUGUCCCUGUCCUCACAUCCCCUUCUGGUGGUUUUGUGGGAUCACCAGAAUCCCAUGCAUUUCCCUGCAGUGGGAGCAGUGCCAGCCUGCCCUGCUGCUCAUUAGAAUCCCUACCAGCUAAGGCAGCUCUGAAGGGUUAGACAAGGCUUUCACCAAAGCCCUUUAUUCGUUGGAGUUUAUGUAGAGAGAUGUGCUGGUUUUACAGAACUGCUGUUACUUCAUUCCUCUUCCCUUAAUAAAAUCACUCUACAGAAGUGGGAGAGGCAGCUGACAAGUUUUGCAUUUUCUUGGAAAGCUGAUAUGCAAAAUAAAGACAGGUCUGUAUGCUCUGGUCCUAAUGACAAGGCCAAGCUCACUACCAGAUCAAUUAACUUUUUUUUUUUCCUCCACAAAAAGGCCUUACAAAAUCCAGCUUUCCACUCAUACGGUUCCUUUGUCAGGUGUUGCCCAAUUUAAAGCAUCUCUGAACAUUAUGCUACUAAUACAUGGUACAUGAGGUUCUGAAAGCAACUCCAGGCAUCAGCCAUAUUCUGACUGGGAUAUAGUUGAAGCAGAAUACACUGAGAGGAUUUUAUGCAGAUAAAGGAAGAAGAAAUGGGAACAAAUUAGCUAAAAGUCAUUUUUGCAGAAGUAAAACCUGCUGUGGGAGCUGCCAAGGAUUGGUUUUAGCUGCAUUUUUCCCCUUUUGAUUUGCAGGGGUUUUUCCAUUUUGUUUUGUUUCAUGUAUUUCUUUCAAGGGCCAUUGUGGUGAUUGUUGAAUCCCUUAUUUCUCAUAAGUAUUCCAGUUGCUUCUUACUGGCAUUGGUUGGUCACAUUCCAAGUGAAGAACAGCUGGAAGGUGUUUAAGAGUGCCCAGCUGCCAAGAGAAACCUCAUGCUGGCCAAAUUCAGUGCCCUGAGCCCUGCAGGGAAUGGAAUGCCAGGAACUCACAGUACCGUCAGGAAGAGCAGCUCCACACAGGCAUUCUCACCCCCUUUAGUAGUUUUUGUGUUUCACUUAAUGCCAUUGGUGAGGAGUGGUCAUUCCCACAGGGUUACACAGAGGUGUCUGAAGUGUCUGCUGCAGUUUGCUGAGGGGAAGAUGCUGCCACUCGCAGGCAACACCACAGAGUGUUCCUGGUGUGUUUGUCUCUGCACGUAAUUUGAGAGAGAGGGAGGCACUGACUUCAUCUUGGUUUCCAACAUCAGGUCACCUGUUGUUAUAGGGACUGUUGCAUUUAGCAGCACAACCCAUCAUGGGCUAUUUAAGUAUCCCUGUUUGAAGAAAACCAUUCCCUUCAUGGAAUUGCGAGGGUGUGGUGAUUGCUCCAGCACUUAAGGAAAGUGAAACUUAACAGUAUUCAGGUUGGUGGAAAUUUUGUUGUUUAAUAACAGUAGUUUUUAAUGGGGUGGGGACUCGAGUCUGACCUGCAAGAAGCAGCCAUGUCCCAUUGCCAUGUGUGGCUCACAGCCAUGAGUGGCUUACGGCCACCUGUGGCUGGAGGCCAGGCAGGCAGAGGGUCCCUGGCGCCAGGUACUUUGUUGUGAGCAGCAUUCAUUCUAGCAGUUUCAGUGUAGGUAAUUGUGUUAGUUUGACAUUUGUAAUCUUGUGUUUUCAGGCUGGCAAGCGCUAAACCUUGUCCAGAUGCUUAGGACAAAAAUCCAAUCCUUAAGUUUCAAAAUAUAGUUUAUUUAACGUGUUACACCAAACCCACUUCCGUUCUCUCUUGCAAAAUGGGUUGGGAUUUUUCAGUGUAGUUAUGUGCAAUUUUUGUUGUAUCCCAUGGAAAGGGUAUUUGAAAGAAAACAUGUAUAAAGUUCUGUUUUAUGUGUUAAAGAAGAGAGGUCUUUCCUCCUCGGGGCAUUUGUGUGUGUUGGAGGAUGUGGGAGGGAUCCACCUCAGUGUUUGGUGCUGCUGGUGUUCCUACAGCGACUCCAUGGUGUCACACUCCAUCCUCAAACCUGGUGAGCUCUGGGCAGUGUCUGAGGCUCUGCAAGGUCACACACUCCAGGUGUAGUGGCCCAGGCACUCGAGAGCCCCUAAUGGCACUGGGGGGGCAGGGCAGAGCAGCUGGGGGUCCCCCCUUUGAAGGAGAGGCUUUUGUAAAGGCCCCACCCUCUGCUUAAAAUCCACCAGGAGCAGCUUUUUACAACAGGGCCAGAGCACCUCUGUUGUUCUUGGUAGCAGGAUGGCAAAUGGUAUUCUUACCCCUUUAUGGCUAUAAAUGGUUCUUUGAAAAACUGUUUUAGAAACAGAGGACUUGUAAGGUGAAUUUGGACAUAAAAAAUUCUUUUGUAUAGAUAUUGUGAUGUUUUACAAAGUGAUCUAAUUUUGUUAUUUCUGAAAACAGUGUAAACGUGUAAGUAAUAGAGUAAAGGAUUUUAAAGCUUCAUCCCAUGCUGUAUGUCUGUAAAUACAUUCCAUAAUUUCUGUUACAUAUAAAUGUGUCUGAAUAUUGUAUAUUUUAAAUGACCUGUAUUCUGCCAGUAGUGUGAACUUCUAGCACAUUAAUAAUAUAAAAGGAAACCAUGGGUAUUUGAAAUAAAGUUUUAAAACUUA